CUAGGACCGGGGGAGGCCACCGAGGCCAACCUACGAUCAUUGGGGCAGCGCGGAUCCUCGUAUAUGCAGGCAGGCUGCCGCCACGCUUCGGCUGUAUGUGAGGACAGACGGAGUAAGAUCUUAGCAAUGAAAAGGAUGGAGGGUUUUGAAGGAGACAUUGGGAACUUUGGAUUGAGGAGAGGGGACGAGGGACGGAAGAGCUCCCGAAGAACGACUGUUUUUAUUAUUUUUUAAAUUUUUAUCUUGGAUAUUCUUUUUCUUUUUCCUAAGGGGGACUUAGGAUAAUUUUAUUGAUUUCUCAAAAUGCCAUUUGCCAAAAGGAUUGUGGAACCUCAGUUACUGUGCAGGCAACCGAUUCCAAAUGACGAAGGCUCGCUUAACAUCGAGGAUCUUUGCUCCAUCAACAAUGUGGUCCUCUCCCGGACCUUGCGGCAGCUCUCUGACCUGGCCAAGCACGCCUGCUCACUAUUUCAGGAGCUGGAGAACGAAAUCAUGUCCACCAACCAGAGAGUCUGGGUCCUGCAGAAUAAAAUUGGAAAGAUCCAACAAACCGCGAACGGUCUAGACCCCAAAAAGGAGGCUGUGCCGGUGUCUAACCUGGAUGUGGAGAGCAAGCUGACGGCACAUUACCGGGCCCCGUGGCACCAGCAGCACAACGUGUUCCACCCCUGCAGCCGGCCGCCAUGCGUAGAGGAGCUGCACCGGCACGCCCAGCAGAGUCUCCGCGCCCUGCACAGAGAUCACCGUCAGCGGUCGAACAGCCGCGAGCGCAGAGUGGCCAUCUCCAUCUCCGCGGCUCCUCCGAUGCCCUCCUUCCCCUCACCACGCACCCUCCGGAGGCAGGAGCAGAGAGGCAGACACAGCCGCUCGCAGCAGCAGAGACCAGAGAGAGAGAGAGAAUAUCAACCGCGGAAGGAGAGGCAGAUGAGGGAAACAGAAAUUCAGACAGUUCAAAGGAAGGAGAGACCUGUAAGAGAUGUUGACUUUCAGACUAUACAGAGAAAGUGUGACAGAGCCCGCUCACCCUCCCCUUCUGAUUGUUGCUUUUUGACUCCAUGGAGCAGAAAGGCUGCCACUACCACCGACUCUGGUGAAGAGGCUAUGGUGGGCCACAGGUCAAAGUGCGCCAUCCCCAACCCCCCGUCCACACUGGACAAGCAGACCAACUGGUCCAAGGCCCUUCCACUGCCCACCCCCCAGGAAAGGAUGAAGAGCGAUCCGGCUGUCGUCUCCUCCUGCAUCAUCCCCAUCAAUGUCACUGGGGUGGGGUUUGACCGGGAGGCGAGCGUGCGCUGCUCCCUUGUGCACUCCCAGUCUGUGCUGCAGCGAAGGAGGAAACUCAGGCGGAGGAAGACCAUCACAGGCAUCCCCAGACGGGUUCAACAGGACAUGGAUUCUGAUGAGUCUCCUGUGGCGCGAGAGAGGACAGUGAUCGUCCACGCCAACACACAUCUGUCCCUGUGCCAAGAGGAGGGGUCCCUCCGAGGAGGACACACAAAGGACUCCGGCUGCCAGACCGAUGACUGCCUCAUCGCUGCCGGUGGCGCCCCGUCGCGGAGACGCAUCCGAGCCCAGCGAGGCGGCCAGGGCGGCGUCCCCGCCUCUCUCUCCCACUCCACCGGGAACAUCUCCUCCCUCCCCGACCACCCGGACACCGCCAUGUACACCGCCUCCGGCUCGCGCCUCCGCUCGCGCAGCCUCCCGCGCGAGGGCGGCCGAAUCCGCGACGAAGACCAGGACGACAGUGACGAGGACGAGGACGACGAGGAGGACGAAGAUGACGAGGAGGAGCUCUCUCCUUACGAGACGGAGGACUUCCUGCCCGGGGCGGGGCCGAGGAUGUUGAAGGACGAGGAGGAGAGUACGGAUGACCAAGCUGGGCCAGACCUGCAGUUGGGCAGCCUGAAGAGGAUGCAGCACAGCCAGGGAGGGAGCCCGGAACACAUCUGGAUGGAGCGAGGGCGCUCCCGGCUGCCCCGGAAGGCGGACAUGGGAAGCUGCGAGAUCUCGUCCAGCUCUGACACCUUCAGCAGCCCCAUUCACUGUAUCUCCACCACAGGUGUUCUGGGAGGCCAGCUCGACCACAAGGAGGACCACCAGUCUUCCAGCGGAAACUGGAGCGGGUCCAGUUCCACAUGCCCCUCCCAAACGUCUGAGACACUCCCCCCUGCUCCCUCCCCUCCACUGACCGGCUCCUCCCACUGUGAUUCGGAGCUGUCGCUCAACGCUGCGCCGCAUGCUAUUGAUGACCUAACCGGGUUCAUCAUCGACCCUUACCACUCGGAUAGGCCGCAGGGCCAGGGUCAUAGGUCCUGCUCCUUCACCUCCUCAGCCACUGACCAGCUGGAUGACGCCGGGGUCAGUACCGCCAGCGAGGGGGAGUGGGCGUACCCCCAAGACCAGGCUGACAAUGACCAGGAGCAGCCGUGCGGUCAGGACUUCAGCCCCAGGCGUUCCUCCAGGGGCGACCAGACCAGGUUGAACUUCACCAGCAUCAACGCCUAUGAGGGCUUCUCCGACCAAGCGCCCCCUAGUACUGCAGCCGACUCCCAGGGCUUCUACUCCGCCGUGCACUUUGACCCCAUGCAUGGACAGAGUUACAGGAGCUACAUACACAACUAUGCAGUGGUGGGAUCUGGUGCUGACUGUGGCCAGGGUAGUACUGGGGCUGCUUGUCCUGGCGUAGGCGAAGGAAUGGAUGGGUACCCCCCCCAGACCUCAGAAUACAGGGGGGCCACCAUGACGCUAGGUAGGCUGUGUCGGCCGCUGAAAAAACCAAAGGCCAAGCCCCCCCCACCAAAACGUACCUCAUCGCUGAAGGAGGCGUGUGGAUCUGGCGCUCCGGAGAGCGUCCUCCCCGAGCCGAGCGACCAGGCGGAGCCAACGACACCCCUCAGUGGGCAGAGCCAGACCCAAACGCUGAACCUGCCUGUGUCCCCCAGAGAUCGGGAGAUGAGGCUGCAGCUGGACCUGACCUGCCCAGGACAGGCGGAGGUUGCUGGGCUGGAGGCCGACGUGGCUGUGGUGAGCGGUGGAGGAGGUGCCUGGGGGAUGGGGAGCCCCCGGAGCCCUAGGACCGUGGAGAUGACGGAGCCCACCUCCUUCGGCUCCACAGACACACACUCCUUCAAGAAUGAGGGGGCCGUGCAGUCCGACUAUGCAGACCUCUGGCUCCUCAAUGACUUGAAAUCCAAAAACAGCAGCGACCCCUACGGAUCGCUGUCCAACUCCAGCACUGCUACCGGUACUACUGUUGUCGAAUGCAUCAGGUCUCCGGUGGACACCUCCUCCUCUCCCGGUGGAGAGACCCGGGCCUUGGUGCAUUCCUCCGGCUCUGGUUCCAGCUCUUCCAGGCCCGCCUCGCCUCCUCUUCCGCCUGGGGAUGGGGACUUCAAGCUGGGGUCCCCUGAGAAAUUGGCUGGCCUUGCCUCACCCUCCAGCGGAUACUCCAGCCAGUCUGAGACACCCACGUCGUCGUUCCCGUCGGCGUUCUUCCCCGGGCCGCUUUCUCCGAACAGCGGGAAACGGAAGCCCAAAGUCCCAGAGAGGAAGUCGUCUCUGUCAUCCCUGCAGAACCAGACCCACUUCUCCAGCUCUGCCUCUUCCUCAUCCUCCUCCUCUUCCACGUCAUCCAGGAAGGACUAUGACUUCCCGGCUCCACCCACCCAACUUGACUUAAGUGCUCUUCACAGCGGCAGCCACAGCAGCCGACCUUUACCCAUGCUGGCCCACCGGACCCACAUGCAGACGCUGCAUCAGAACAAACAGAAGGCGGCUGCGGCCGCAGCAGCUGCAGCAGAGGCCCGGGCGGCUAACAAUGCAGCCGCUAAUGCUAACACUAGUGCUAAUGCUAACACUAGUGCUAAUGCUAAUGCUAUGGCUAGUGCAACCUCCUCUGGGUUUAGCUACGGAUCCGCUAUGACUCCAGAGGCCCCACUUGCUGCUAACCCCAUGGCCCUGGCCAUCACCCCCACAGUGUUGCGCUCGGUCCAGCUGCGCUCCACUUGCCAGAGGGCCGCCGACAGUGCUCAAGCCCAGUCUCAGGGUGCUCAGGGCCAGGAGCCUCCACCACCACCACAAGCUUGGACCCACGAGGCUAGAGGGGCCCCCGCCACAAGACCCAAAAUGCCCAGUGUCACCAUCGUCACCCCCCACUCUGACACCAACACAAGGCCCCUGCCACCAAGGAGACCGAUUGCCCAGAAACCCCCACCACCUCAGAUUCAGGACCACUACCAGAACCUCUCUCAGGAGCAGCACCCCCACUCUGUAACCCAUCAACACCCCACCCCCAUGCAGCACCCGGACGGCCCCCCGCCCUACGAGAGCCUGGCCAGACACCGGCAGGACCGUUACGGCCCUGGCACCUUCUGGGCCAUGACAGCUUUCAGAACCCGGCUGGCGGAACCCAUGGAACCUUUGGAACUCGAGGAACCCACGCAUCGAGCGCCGCCACCUACCCCGGAACCCAUAGUUCCAACCACACACCCAGAGUGCCACGUGCUCGGGGAACGGACAGAGGACGAAGAAGAGGACGAGGACGAGGAGCACGACAGAGAGAUCUCGAGGGUCAUGAGUCACAGUCAAGGCCUGAUGAGAGAAUAUCGAGAACGUAAUCAGAGGGAACAUCCGAGGGAACCGCCGACGUACGAGACGCUUGAGGAGUCGCACUCGUACCAGUCACAGUCUCAGUAUCACAGUAAUACUGUCCGCAGGUGCGACCUAGAACCAAGGGGCAGCCCCAACAAAGUGCCUGGUACAACCGCGGCAGCAUCGCAUCCUUACCCAAUCAGCGGCCUGAGAGGUGGAAGUGAGGACGACCAUGAGAUGACGCCGUUUGGGGUCCCUUCCAGAAGUGCCUCACAGGACAACAGCAGAGGUGACUCCACCACGCCUGAGACAGAGGACUACUUCAGCAAAGAUUCUACUAGCCCCAGUGAUAACUCCCUCUCUCCAAUGACAGACGAGACAACAAAACCAGACGAUGAUGUUGUCUUCACUUCGCCUAGCAAGUCCCGCACCACUGAGGACCUGUUUGCCAUGAUCCAUAGGUCCAAAAGGAAAGUCUUGGGACGUAAGGACUCUGGGGAGUUGAGUGGAAAGAGUCGUUUGUGUCCUCCUCCAGCUGCCGUAGUUCCCCCUGUAGCUGUCCUCCCUGCCAUCCCCCCUCCACCCCCGCUCAACAUCCCCACUGGCAGCACCCUUUCCCCCGCUGGGACCCAGCGUACCCCUGGGCCAAUCUACCGCAGCGCCAAGAAGUCCAGCACCUCCAACGAGGAGUUCAAGUUGCUUCUGCUAAAGAAGGGCAGCCGGACCGACUCCAGUUAUCGCAUGUCUGCCACGGAGAUCCUAAAAAGCCCCAUUGCCCCAAAGUCUCCUGGGGACCCCCUGUCAGCGGAUAGCCAAGCCAGGUACUCCACCGAGGACCCCUCCUCUCCCCUCCAGGAGCCCUCUUUGCAGGGGCCCGGAGAACAGCUAUUCCCUCCCAGCCUUCUCCCCAGGACCAACUCAGACAGCUUCAGCCCCAAAACCCUCCCCAUGUCGGCCUCAUCCAGACAGGGGCGCUCCCGGAUCCCACCUGCAGCUAAUAGCAGUAGAUACAGCACUCGUAGUCGGCUCUACACAGCACCCAUGCAGGCCAUAUCAGAGGGAGAGACGGAAAACUCAGAUGGGAGUCCCCAUGAUGAUCGCUCCUCAUAAGGGUCCUUAUCAAGGCAUGUUCGUAAGGGUCCUUAUCAAGGCAUGUUCAAAGUAGAGACUUACCGGUACAGUAUAUAUUUUAUACAUGAAUCUAGUUCAGUGCUGUUACUGAGAGAGAAGAACUAGCUACCCAAGGACUACAUAUGUGCAGAACUGAAGAAAACAACUCUGUUUAAAGAAAGUGUAUAGAAAGACAAAUGUCUUGUUUUUGAACUUUGAAUUCCUUUUUUAAAUAACCCAAGAUACUGAAUUGAGUGAAACAUGGACCAGAGAGGACGGCUGGAGGGGUGCAGUGUGUGUGUUGGUGCAAGAAAACAUCCAUUGUCAAGUUUUAUCUUCUGGAUGCUGAAUCACUUGUAUUUCAUGUCUUUACAUGACCCUAAAAUAAUUGCUCUCCAAAAUAAGUUUUUAAAGUACAAAAAAAAACUAAAGAACAUGUACAGAUGCCGUAUAUUUAUUUGAUUUGAGGUUUAAAAAAAAUCUGACUUGAUUUGCCAAAAUGAAAAAUGUAUCAACUCCCCCAAAAAAUAUAUAUUUAUAAUUAUUCACAUUUCCUGUUACUAUAGGAUAAUUGUCCUACAAUAGAAACUGGCUCAAGUAAAGAUCUCAAAUUCGUAAUUUAUUAAAGUAAAUGUAAAGAAAUUAGGUUUUGUGUUCCUGUGAAUUUGUGUGCCCAUGUAGUCCCUCUGAAUGUAGGGAUCCUGGUAAUGUGACACAAAAGGGAAAUAUUUGGUGUGGUCUUCUUAGACAUCAAGUUGGCAGCGGUUGAUUAUGUAACCUGGGACAAUCGAAUGAUGAUCUUUCUGUACAGGAGGUCCAAGCAUCAGAUUUAGUGACUACUCUAAAGCAGGUACAGAUAUGCAUAAGUAGGACAACUAAGGAAGAGUUAAAAGUAAAUGAAAUUCUUUACUAAUGGGGUCGGGCUGGCUAGCUGGGAGGGCCGAUAUGGAUUGGGUUUUCGAAACCUAACUUCUUCUUUGCACUUGAUAAUUAUGAAUUCUUCAAGAAUAUUCCUUGGGGGGAAAAAAGACAAAUCUUAUAAUAGAAAAAUACUAUUGUGUAUAUUUGUAUUGAAUAUAAAGACAUAGCUAUAUGAAGACUCAUACAAAACAUUUUAUAAAGACGCAAACCCAUCAUGUGUAGCAUAGAUAUAAAAUGACUACAUUCUAGAAUUGUUAAAUUCAAAAGUUUUGAUUAUAUUCCUAUCAAGGCGGGUGGGUGGUGAGGGCUUCAAUCUUUUCAUAGUUCUAUAUCGUCAGUAGUCUAUAUCGUCACAAAGCCCAACACAUAAAUCACUCUACCUUAUCAAGAACAACAAGAAGUCAUCUGCCAUUUAGAAAAUAUUCUUUUUUUUUUUUAAAGCUCUCACUCAAAAUGUUCUACUUCUAUUUAGUAUUUUCAGGAUUUUACCUAAUUUAACAUGACAACUGGGUUAUACGUUUAAAGUUAUAACAUUCUCGUGCACAGGCCAAUCUUGAAGAGUUGUGUUUAAACAUCAAAAGAGGAAAACAAACUGUAGAUCAAUGAAAUCACUCAAUGUAUUCUAUGAAUACCUCUGCAACCAUAUUGCUGUUUAUUUCUAUGAAUCGUACAUAGAGAUCCAUAAAUAGAUAAAUAUGACAACUGUUAAAAUACUCAGCGAAUUUGAAAUGCAGAAUUAACUGACACUGUGUAAGACUUUAUAGGAGAGGAAAAAAGCUGUGAAACUAAUUAGAAUUUUACAUGAUCUUAUCAUUAGUUAAUAUCCAUAGCUGCAGAGCACUGAUUGUGUUCGUUGUUUUAUUUGUAUUUUCAUCUAUCGCAUGCAAUAAAAGAAAAAAACACCAUAUCAUUUUCAGGAGUGGAGAUAUCUUCUAGAGAGAUUACCACAAGAAAAUAUAUCGUAUUUUCAGUUUCAUUUUUGAAUAUGUAAAGUUGUAGUGUAAUUCAACAUGUGUACAAAAUGUUUGACAAUUCUGUUUUGUAUAGUUGUGAUCAUGGACAGGGAGGUAUCUUGUACUGUAAAAUGAAAUUACUGGACAAUCAAAUAGAGAAUUUGGGGAAAUUGUGUAAAGAAAGAAGGCUAUAUUGGUGUAUGUAGGUUAAAAGCAAGGAAUGAGUAAGUUCUGGAGUUAGUCAAAAAGGCCUGGAGUGCAGUCCUCGAGAGAGUUGGAAGAACUGAGCUUGAGAUGGGACUGGAGGUAAGGUGUGUGUGCAUGCAUGCGUGUCGUCAGGUGGCCAUCCAGAAUCCCUACACAUUGGACAGUAUCUCCCCAUUUGCUUAUCCUCCUUUGUGUGAAAUAGCAGUAUUGCAGUCAAUUCUGACUCCACCCCCUUUUCCCAGGGCCCCGAACGAUGUCCAUUGGCCCGCCCGAUGGCAGGCAUGCGUGCUGCUGUGUGUUGUCGUGUAACUCUCUGUGCGUUUGUGGAUGUGUUUGUCAUGGGAACAGUGAGCAGAGCAGAGAAGGUAAGAAGGUGGGGUCAAAGGUCAGGUAGGGCAAGGCACUACAAUUACUCCCUGGUGUAUAAUUGUGUUCAGAAUCUAUUUCAUGUUAUCGUUUUACAAACUGUUGGACUAUAAAACUACAGCCAUUCCUUUGACUGGAGUUGAAAUGCCAU